AUGCCAGCUUUGCCGGAGGUCCUUGCUCGACGAGCUGCCAUAGCAGUUGAGCUUUUACGUGACUCUGCGACAGAAGUAUUGGAAGCAGCGUCACUGGAGAAGCGCAUCAAGAUCCCGUGCUGCAACAGUAGUUCUCCAGCUGGACUUGUCGAAGCUGAGACUCGUGAUCCAUGGCAGAACAGCGGCAAGUACGCACUAGGAUGGAUCUACUUCUGUGUCAUACUGCUAGCCUUGACAGCGGGCCUGCGAUGGUAUAAUUACUGGAACGACAAGAUACGGGUUGCUAUCCACAAGGACAAGGUGGAGGAAGCGAUCAAGACUGGCUCUCCUGACACCGACUAUGAACUUUCUGCACUGGAGACCGAUAGGAGCACAAAGAAGUUCUUUCCGCGUGAGGGACCACUACCUCAGUCAGCAACCAGCCAGGUGAAGCAGGAAGUUGAGGAACAGUCUAUCACCAACCUUCGAGCACUGAACAUGGUGGUCGCAGCGUGUCGGUGGCUUUUCUACCGACCUGUGCCCACAAUUCGUCUCCGGAAAGGGUGGAUGCCUAUCAUCACGCCAUCAAUCUCGAUUGUCGCCAUCGUGUUCGCAGCUUUGGCUUUCGUCCUCCUCUAUUGCUUCAUCCCGCAGCCUCUUUUCUGGCAAUCGAUCUCCUUCGGCUCUCCUCCCGUGGCGAUACGAGCUGGCAUGAUCGCAGUUGCCAUGGUUCCAUGGAUUGUGGCGUUGAGCAUGAAAGCCAACUUUAUCUCAGUCAUAACCGGUAUUGGCCACGAGAGAUUGAACGCAUUGCAUAGAUGGCUGGCAUACAUAUGCCUGGUGCUGAGCUUGGUGCAUACUAUUCCUUUCUACGUUACACCAAUCUGGGACGAGAAUGGGUUGGUCACUUUCAAGAAAUAUUUUCAGAACCAGCACUUCUACAUCUACGGGACUGGGCUCGCUGCGCUUGUGCCACUUCUGUUCCUCUGUGUCCAUUCCCUCCCUCUCUUCCGUCGCAAGUUCUACGAGCUCUUCGUUACAAUUCACGUACCUGUAUCAAUAGCCUUCUUGGCGAUGCUCUUCUGGCAUUGCCACAACUACUUAACGUCCUGGGACUACCUCUGGGCUACUGUGGCUAUCUGGGCAAGCUCCUAUGCCGUCCGGCUAUUCUACCUUAACUGGACGAAUCCUUUUCGAGUCUCCUUCAUGAUUGGGGAGGAAGCAGCCGUAACAUUACUUCCCGAGAACGCCCUAAAAGUGACCGUGCCGACGCAGGUCAAAUGGAAGCCGGGUCAGUAUGUCUACCUACGAAUGCCAGGCAUCAGCAUGUUUGAAAACCACCCUUUCACAAUAGCAUCGCUCUGCAGUGAUGACUUUCCUUCUGUGUAUGGAGAAGAGUACCGGGAUAUGGUAUUGGUCUUUCGACCUUUCGGGGGCUUCACAAAACGUGUGCUGGAAAGCGCGCUUGAUCAUGGCCCUUGGCACACAUAUCAAGCUUUUCUGGAUGGACCAUAUGGCGGCAUGCGCCGCAGCAUUGAGUCAUUCGACCAUGUGGUAAUGUUUGCAGGAGGAAGUGGCAUCACUGCAAUGGUGUCGCAGCUUCUGGAUCUCGUUAAGCGCAUGAGGGAUGGUAAGGCGGUCACCACGACAGUGCAGGUUGUCUGGGCCCUAAAGCGGCCAGAGACCAUGGAAUGGUUCAAAGAGGAGUUGCGAAUUUGCAGAGAAUUUGCACCACCGGACACAGUGACUUGCCAGUUCUACGUAACGGCCGCAAAGCGAUUGACCAAGGGAGGGGCAGUCGUCAGUGCACAGACACCAACAAGACCUGUCAGUACGAUGUUUCACGACAAGGUCAAUGAUGUGUUUCAGAACAUCGCGAGUAACCGCUUUUCGACGAGCUCAGCCCAAAGAAAUAGUGCGCUCAUCCGUGAGGAAGCCGGAGGCGACCAGGAGCGGGAGAAAGAGCUACGUCAGGAGAAUGAAGAUCGACUACGGCCCCUUCCCCCGGCACAUAUGAAGCCUGUGCGGUCAGUCUCGCCAAGUCACUUGUCUCCAGAACAAAGCUGGAGGGCCAACAGUCAUGAGCAACCCCGAACUCGCUCGCCGGAUAACCGUAUGGUAGAAGAGACACCUCACAUGCCGCCGCAUCCUACACUACACGAGAAGCGACGAUCUCGACAACUGUCACUUGACAUUAGCCAGGCACAAAAUGCUCAAGCUACCCAGAUGCAGCAGCUUCACCAAGUACAAGACCCACAACAGUUUGACUUCGGGUUCCCGUCGACUCCGACAGAGUUCCAGAAGAACUUGAUGCGUUUCGCCUUCAUGCCAGCAGCAGUAAAGUCUAAGAAGACCGGGUGGAGUACGGAGUGGGGUCGUCCAGAUAUCCGGUACAUGCUCAAAGAGAUGAGCCAGGAGUGGACAGGCAAGAGGACAUGUGUUUUCGUCUGUGGGCCACCGAGCAUGCGUGUCGAUGUGAGUAACUCAGUCGCCAGUCUGCAGUCCAUGGUCUGGCAGAAGACGGGAUUUGAGGAGUUGUAUUUGCAUGCUGAGAACUAUGCUCUGUGA